UCUCCAGCACACUGAGGUAAGAUAUUUGAGGAGUGAAGAAACACAGAGCUCCGUGGACCCAAUCUUUCUGAGAAGGCAAGCCGACCAGAAGAGCUGCUUUCUGAAUCCUUUCUGUCAAACCUGCUUGAUGUUGUGUAAUCGUACACACAGCAUGCCUCGUGGGGACUUCAACGUUUAUUUUGCCAGCAGCAGGCGAGGAAACGUCAGAGCUGAGGAGGCAGUGGGCAUAGCUCUGCUGGUUGUCAUCCUUGCAGCACUUCUCAUCCUGGGCUGCUGGUACUUCAAGAAAAGGAGUGGCUACAAACUUAUCAGAAGCCCCAGAUCUGGAUCAUCAGGUUAUACAGGAAGCCAGUACUCGGAGGCAGGAUCUCCAGCAGAUAACAAGAUGGCUCUUACUGAUUUUGGCAGCUUCCGAUCUGUGGUUCCUAAUGCACCCCCAGCCUAUGAGAAGAUUUCCUCGGGGCCAUUGCCACCUCCCUAUUCCCCCUGAAGCACUGUGGCUGAAGAUGGAAGAGUCAAAGGAAGACAAUGAAGGAGGAACUCCAAGUUCACCUUGCUGUUUGAAAAUAUAUAAUCUUAUGUCCCUAGCAAUAUAGCGCAUUGUAGCUAAAUAUAGGUGAAACUACUGUAUCUCUCACUUUGUAAAAUUUAAAAACUACACGAAUGAACAAAGCUUAAAUACUAUAGCUUAUUUCAAUAAACAGUAACACACUAUUAUUGCACAUUUCUGAGGAUAAGAAAGCAGACACGCUUGUUUGGGACAGUUGCAUUGUUUAUUUCCAUGCAGUAUCGUCCAGAAUUGUUCCAUGAAAAUGUACCUAGUAAAUUUUUUUUUUUUUUUGGAAAAAUCUAUAUGGUAAAAAUAAAUAAAUGUGACUUUAAAACAUUUAUAUGGGCUCAAAUAUGUAGUACAAAUUUAUCUAGUAGUUUAUUUCUAAAAAGUAAAAUGCAGCUUUCAAACAGUAACUAGUUAAAAAAAAAAAAAAGGACAUGACAGACUGGAUGCUGAUGGAUUUUUCUUUCUUUUCUUUUCAAACUGA